UUCAAGCUUUACUGCCUAAUUAAUAGAUUUCCAAAUAAUUGAGACUGACUUUACGUUUAAUAUGACAUCAAAAUUGUAAGUUCGGAUUCUAAAAAAUUCGUCGGUUUAUCAAGAGCUCUAAUUUAAAAUUUGUUGGACGAGUACGUAACUUCACAAGAAAAAUUAAGAUAUCACUACCUUUUUAAAUGGGGUUGAGAAUACGAUACGUGGAUAGUUUAAUUUUUAUUUUGAAAAAAAGAAAAAGAAAAAAAGGAUUCAUUGAAUACUUGAAUGGACAACAAAUGAAUCCAAAAAAUUCCAUCUUAAGUAACCGAAAAUCUUGUGUACCCUACUUUCCAUUUUCAGUACCAAAAAUUCAAUCUACGUUUAUCAAAAACAAUUUCUCUGUUUGUUUGUUUCUUUUUUUUUUUAAAAUUACACAGGUGAGUGAAAAAUUAGAUAAAUUAAUGAAUGAAAAAUGAUCCUACCUGAUGACGGUGCUGAAACUGGAAGCGGCGAGUCGGUGGAUGAAAAGAUGAGUCAGGUGGUAAAGGGAGAAGAGGAGAUAGAUGAAGUAAGCACGGCGGCGACGAUGAAUAAGGCCGGGGUUUGGGCGAAACCAAUGGAAGGAUUGCAUGAUUUGGGGCCACCGCCGUUCUUGAAGAAGACUUAUGAGAUGGUGGAGGAUCCGGAAACCGACCCGGUUGUAUCUUGGAGUGAAACUCGUAAGAGUUUUAUUGUUUGGGAUUCUCACCAACUCUCUAAAUUUCUUCUUCCUAAAUACUUCAAGCACUCCAAUUUCUCCAGUUUCAUCCGCCAGCUCAAUACUUAUGGUUUUAGGAAGAUUGAUUCUGAUAAAUGGGAGUUUGCAAACGAAGGAUUUCAAGGAGGGAAGAAACAUUUACUGAAGAAUAUAAAGAGAAAAAACAAGUACAAUAACAAUUUCAAGAAGCAGCAUUUAGGCUUGUCCAUCAAUAAUACUACUUUAGAAGACUUGACAAAGCCACUAUUAGUGGAAACAGAACUACUACAAACUCUUAAAACUGAUAACAACAUUUUAAGAGUGGAGAUGUCCAAAUUGAGAGAGCAGCAGCAGGACUCACACAAUCAACUCACCCUCGUCGAAGAGCGUGUUCGAUGUGCCGAAUCCAAGCAUCAACAAAUGUUCUAUUUCCUUGCCAAAAUGUCGAGAAACCCUGCAUUUUGUCGACAGUUGAUUCAGAAAAGAAUGCUCAGAAAGAAGAUGGAGCUUAGUAAUGGGGAUCAUGAGUUUGGAAAGAAAAGGAAAUUACUUGCAGUUCAAGCACAUCAAAAUCAAGUUCAAGAAGAGCUUUCGACCUUGCACUCUGAACUCACUGAAAUGUUUCCAGAAGUUAUCGAACCUGGACCUGGACCGAUCGGAACAGUGUUUCGAGAAUCGAUAGACGAUGAUAUAUCAGAAAAUAUGGUUGUUGAUGAAGGAUUGAGUAGUAAUGACUCUUUUCUGAAACUGGAUGAUCUGAUCAAGAAGCCUCAAGAUUGCCCCUCAGGUUAUGUACAGAAACAAGCUUUCUAUGGUUUUGUUGGAUCCCUUCCAUGAGUACUUUCUUAUUGAAUAAGUACGAAAUCCCCUGCACCUAUCAUUCCAAAUAACUACCAUUGUAUAUAAAUCCUCUAAAUAAUGACAAAUACUCCUAAACUUCCUCACAAAGAUAGAAUCGUUUCAAAACUUUCUAGGAAUUUCUUAAACAGUACGAACCUCUGUCAUAUCGUUCUAAUUCUUAGUUGUUUGUCCGAAAUACUUCCUAUAAAUGUCUAUUUUUGACUCUUUGGUACAUUUAGGGGUAUUUUAUAUGAUUUAACAAAUAUAAAUUGAUGUUAUGUUACUUUGACACCUUUGCAGAUUUGGAGAUGGAAUUUCUGCAGUAAAUGUGUUGUUGGGUUAUAGUGGUAGGGAAUAUCAAUAGUACUUGCAUACUUGUAAUUUUACUGGGAAGUUUGUGGUUGUAAAUACUAAAUAGUGUUUGUUAGUAUGCAUUUGAGAUUUAUAGAAUUUGGAAUUAGUUUGUA